CUUUGAACAGGGGUCGGGUCGGGUAUAAAUAGGUGCACAGCAGAGAGGUUAGUCACAGUGCGGCUUUAGCUACCACUCCAGCAACACACUAACAUCAUGAGGGCUCUGGUUGUCUUGGCAGUGCUGGGCGCUUGCUCGGCUUUACCAGUCAUCCCAGAUGACCCUCUAGUGGCGGCGGAGAGGGCUAGGUUCCUCGCAGCCUACCAGGCUGCCCUGCCAGCCACUCCACCAAAGCCAGCUGAUCCCCCCAAGUGGUACGGCCCUCUGGCUUCUUCCGUCCCCGCUGGCCUCCCCGGUUCCUCCUCCGUGGUGUCCCCCACUGCUGAUGUGGCAGCUGCUCGUAACGAGUUCUUCACCACCUACAACGCCCAGGUAGCUGCAGUUGCGCCUAAAGCUGGUGGCCCAGUCUUCAAAGUGGUGCCAGUUGCAGUUGCCGGGGUGUGGAACGGUCCCUUGGCAGCCACUAUCCCUGCCGGUCUCCCAGGCUCUUCCCCUAACGUGGCCGACACUGCCGACGUUGCUGGAGCCAAGACCGCUUUCUUCGAUACCUACAACAAGCAGGUUGCUGCCGUGGCACCGGCCCCCAAGGUGUAAGCCGCACUGUGAUACGCUUAGAUUAAUUCGGUCAAUUGGAUAUAUGUAAAAUUAUUGAGGAAAUUCCCAAUAAACGAAAAAUGAAAUUAAAA